AUGAGGGGCGAUUUCAGGAAACGAGCCCACCUGCCUCACAACCGAGAAGGACGCAUUGCGCCCUAUUCACGCGAUGGACGACCCGGCGACCGGAGGCGACCCCACAAUCAGAAUUCAGAUGAACCAUCAGCCUCAACCAAGUUCAAAAGUCGAGGCUCUGCUCCGACUUUGGACCAGAUCCAGGCAGAUCGCCUCACGGACUUGGCCAACUCUUAUUGGGCCCCUCACACUUUGAAAAAGCACAAAGAUUUCGAUCCCCAGGUGAUCAGGGAUGUGUACUCAAACGAUCUCAGGGGCACGGAUUUCUCCAUCAAGCGCAUCAUGAUGCUCGAGUUCAGUCAGUAUUUUGAGAACUAUCUGUGGCCCAAUUUCAGUCUCGAUGCCUCGAACGAGCAUGUGCUGUCUGUGAUCCUCAUGAUCAAUGAGAAGUUCCGCGAACGAGUUCCAGCUUGGAAUUCAUUUCAACUUAAAUCCGAGCAUUUCACCUGCUUCUUUGAAAAGGUACUAAAACUCAGUCUUGAAGACAAGUCGGACGUCACUCUUCAAGAACAAAAGUUUGUCUUGGUGUUCCUCGAUCAUUGCUUUACGUCCAUGGAGAUUGACCUGAUCCGGGUUCAAGUCCAGAAACUCGUGUCCUUGCCCAUGUGGGCUUCGUUAUUGGAGCGAAGACGCGAGUUCGAGCUCAAGCGAAUUCCCAAAUGGCGAAAGUACUGGAAAGCCCUCCAGAAGAAAGACGCCAAAGAAUCUGAGGAGGCCAAAGCCAAGAACGAAUUCGAUCGACACUUUCUCCGGAAACUCAUUCAAAGGUUCCUCUCCACUCUCGACUCCAUUCAAGAGAAAGACGCCAACCCAUGGGCUGUGGAAUAUUGUGAACAUUUCCUGGUGCUGCUCAUUGAUCUCGAGGCCUUGUUGCCCACCCGGCGGUUUUUCGAUACUCUAUUGGACGACUCGCAAGUCUUGGCCAAAUGUUCGUUGUCCUCAUUAGCCAAACGCGAAGAGGGGCGAUUAUUCGCCCAGCUCCUGAAUGAGCUCAAGUUCUACGCUCGGUUCGAGAUAUCAAACGAGACCGGAGAUCAACUCACCGAGAAACAGAAUCUGCAACUGCACUACGAUAAGAUCACGUCGCUCCAAAAGGCGAUUUUCAGUCGCUAUCCCGAGAUGAGGAAGUUUGCUUUGGCCACGGUGGCCAGUAUCGAUGAUCGGGAGAGUUUGACUCGGCAUUUUGGCCCACUCUCCAAGGAGACUCUGUACAAGAUUGCGGAAUUUCUAUGCCUGGUCCCAGAGUUGGGCACGGUGGAUCUCAAGGAUUUCGACGAGGCCGUCUUGAGAGAGGCGUUGAUUCUCCGACACGAGAGAAAGGACUCUCAAUUACAGGCCUUAAACGAGCUACCUCUUUACCCGACGGAAGAGGUGAUUUGGGACGAGAAUAUCGUUCCAGGCGAGUUCUACAACGGUGAAGGCGUCCUGGCUCUGCCCAAGCUCAACUUGCAGUUCCUGACCUUGCAGGACUACUUGCUCCGAAACUUCAAGCUGUUUCAGUUAGAGUCCACGUACGAGAUCCGCGGUGACGUCGAGGAUGCUGUCACGCGAUUGAAACCCUGGCGACCCGAGGAUGCCACCGUCAUCUUUAACGGAUGGGCUCGAAUGGCCCAACCCAUUGUGUCGUUCUCCAUCGUGGAAGUGGCUAAACCCAACAUUGGCGAGAAACAACCGUCCCGUGUGCGAGCCGAUGUGUCGGUGAAUUUGAGUGUCAAGGACAAUAUCAAGGCCGAGUGGGAAAACCUUCGACGACACGACGUGUGUUUCCUGGUCACCGUUCGGCCCAAGAUCUCGCCUCAUCCUGUGCCCCUGGAUUUUACUGACGACUUCAUUCCACAAGUGGGCCUUAUGUAUGUGCGAGGCUGUGAGGUAGAAGGCAUGUUGGACGAGAAUGGGCGUGUCAUCGAGGAAGGACCCGAACCACGACCGAAUCUCCCUGGCGAAUCCCGGACCUAUCGCAUCCUCUUGGAUUGCAAUCAGUACCAUCAAGACAUGGAGAAGACUUCGAAUGGAAGUGAGGACGUGUACGAGUCCUUUAAUAUCUUGAUGCGGCGGAAGCCCAAAGAGAACAACUUCAAGGCGGUGCUGGAGACCAUUCGAGAGCUCAUGAACACAUCGUGUGUCGUGCCCGAUUUUCUUCACGACAUCAUCUUGGGCUAUGGCGAUCCGGGAGCGGCCCAUUACCGACAAAUGGAGAACCAAAUCAAGUCUCUCAACUUCAACGACACCUUCCUCAGCUUUGAUCAUCUCCGGCAAAGUUUUCCCAAUUACGACGUGACCGUGGACGACAACGACAAAGAUCGACUAGUUCCCCCUUUCAAAUUGGAGUUCAAAGAAAUGGCCACCAACCCGGGCACCACUUCAGAAACGGCUUCGGAGGCCAAGCCCAGUAUCAAAGUCACGCCAUUCCAACCUCAAACCAAUGGGCCCUUUAUCGUGGUCCAUCCCAAGAAGAAUUCCGUCCCAUUCACCCCGACCCAAGUGGAAGCCAUUCGAGCCGGAAUGAACCCGGGGCUGACUAUGGUGGUAGGACCGCCGGGUACGGGCAAAACCGACGUAGCGGUUCAAAUCAUCUCGAACAUUUAUCAUAACUUCCCGGAUCAACGCACGCUCAUCGUGACCCACUCGAAUCAGGCAUUGAAUCAGCUUUUCGAAAAGAUCAUGUCCUUAGACGUGGAUGAGCGCCACUUGCUCCGUCUCGGUCAUGGCGAAGAAGCAUUGGAGACGGAGAAGGACUUUAGCCGCUAUGGACGGGUGAAUUAUGUGCUGGCUAAGCGGUUAGAACUCCUGGACGAAGUAAGUCGCUUGCAGAAGAGCCUGGACGUGCGUGGAGAUGUGGCCUAUACUUGCGAGACCUCGGGCUAUUUCUUCCUCUACGAGAUCUUGUCCCGUUGGGAAAAGUACGAAACGGCGCUUAAGACUGUAUCAGCUCAGGAAACCCAGAAACUCGACACCGUGGCCCAGUUGUUCCCGUUCUCCAAGUUCUUUGACAAGGCUCCCCAACCUUUGUUCAAGAAGAAAUCUUUGGACGAGGACCGAUUGAUUGCCGAGAGUUGCUGGCGCUACAUCCAGGAUAUCUUCACUCAAUUGGAAGAGUUCCGAGCCUUCGAAUUGUUGCGCAGUGGCCUGGACCGGACGCGUUAUCUCGUGGUUAAAGAGGCCAAGAUCGUGGCCAUGACUUGCACGCAUGCGGCCCUCAAACGCAAAGAGCUGGCCUCCAUGGGCUUCAAGUUCGACAAUAUCUUGAUGGAGGAGGCGGCGCAAAUCCUCGAAAUCGAAACGUUCAUUCCGUUGCUCCUGCAAAACCCCGAAGACGGAUAUAACCGACUGAAACGCUGGAUCAUGAUCGGGGAUCACCAUCAGUUGCCCCCUGUGAUCAAAAAUAUGGCCUUUCAAAAGUUCUCCAAUAUGGAGCAGUCCAUGUUCACAAGGCUGGUCCGAUUAGGCGUGCCGACGGUCGAUCUGGACGCCCAAGGUCGGGCGCGUCCAAGCAUUGCGAGCCUUUAUAAUUGGCGCUACAAGAAUCUCGGCAAUUUGUCCCACGUUCUCAACCAGGACGAGUUCAUGGCGGCCAAUGGCGGUUUCUCCUUCGACUAUCAGUUGAUCAAUGUGCCCGAUUUCAACGGAGUGGGCGAAUCGCAGCCCAGUCCCUUCUUUUACCAGAAUUUGGCCGAGGCCGAGUUCGUGGUGGCCACCUUCAUGUACAUGCGUUUGAUUGGGUAUCCGGCUGAAAAGAUCUCCAUCUUGACCACGUACAAUGGUCAGAAGCAUCUCAUCCGGGAUGUAGUGAAUGCACGGUGUUCGAACAAUCCCAUGGUGGGCACGCCGCACAAGAUCACGACCGUGGACAAGUUCCAGGGCCAACAGAACGAUUACAUCUUGCUCUCACUGGUGAGAACGUACAACGUGGGCCAUUUGCGCGAUGUCCGCCGUUUGGUCGUGGCCAUGUCCCGCGCGCGAUACGGUUUGUACGUGUUUGCCAGGGUUAACUUGUUCAAAAACUGUUUCGAGCUCCAACCCGCGUUCAAUAUCCUCACCAAACGGCCUUUGCAGCUUCAUUUGUGUCCCAAUGAGGUCUAUCGAACCAAACGUCAAGCCAAUGUGACGGCUCCCAAUCCUCUGGUUAUCUCGGAUAUGCCUGCCAUGUGCAAAUUCGUGUACGAUUUCUACGCGGGCAAAGUGGCCGCUCUCCAAUCGAUCCAGCCGCCCUCUCUCGGCGAGCAAGACAAACCGGGCGAGAUUGCCAUAACCAAGCCGGACGGGAAAACCGCCCAACAUCCGGCGGAUGACCGCGAUAGUGACGACGAGGCCGAGGGCCGCCCGAAUGUCGUCAUGAAAGAAAUUGUCAACGAAGUGAGCGCCGAAUAGCGUGUAUUGUUCAUCACAUGAAUGCUUCGAUGACACCACCAGGCAAUGAUGAAUACAUGACAAAAAUGAGUAAUGUAAAA